GAUGUCUUUACAGUCGCGUGACGUCACGGGCGGAAGCGGAAGUGUCGGCGGGGCAGGGAGGCCUGCGUCGUCCUCGUCGUCUCCGUCGCCAUGCAUCUCGGGACGGCGCUGCUGAUCUCUCACGGCCGGACCCAGCGGCGCUUUGGCCUCGGCCCCCGCUCGCGCCUCGACCUCCUCCGCAACCUAGUCACCGGCCUCGUGCGCCACGAAAGGAUCGAGGCCCCCCGCGCGCGCGCCGACGAGAUGCGCGCCUACGCCGAGCACCUGAUCGAUGUGGCCAAGCGCGGGGAUGCGGACCCGAAAGCCAUGCGCAUUGCCGACUUCUGGCUGACGGAGAAGGACCUGAUCCACAAGCUCUUCCGGGUGCUGGCGCCCCGCUUCCAGGCCCACCAGGGCAACUACACCCGCCUCUUCCGCCUCCCCAACCGGGAGAACCUGGACCGGGCACCGAUGGCUGUGGUGGAGCUCAAGGGGAACCCCCUCCCGCCGCUCCCUGUGCCCCGCCGAGACGGACAGGGGACACUGGCCAACCAGCUCCUCCAGGGCCUCCGGCAGCAGCAGCAGCAGCAGCAGAAGACCGCUGGAGGGGGAGCAGGGACUCCCCAGGGGACCCCCGUCUAGUGGGGACACACGGGGCAGGAGGCUUUGGCUUCCCUGGAAGGAACUGGGCCUUAGUUGCCCACCCUGACUGCUAAUAAACAUGGCUCCAGGAUGGCAGUGGAGUUCUUCUCUUCCUCUCUGCACCUUCGCCAGGCAGAGCGUCUGCCAGGCAGUGAUUCCGGGGCCUCCGUCAAAGGUGGGCUUUUGCUUGCCAUCCAAGCCUCUCUCUCCUCUCAACUCAGGCUCCCUUGGUAGAACCUGGGGGGGCACCUGUGCCUAAGGCCCCGGCGGGUUAUUCUCUGGCCAUUCAGCCAAAACAAGGGCAGGUGAGCCACCCUCCAUCAGCCUCCAUCUGCCCUUCUCCUGGGCAGAGGAAGGAAAGAAGGGCGGAGGAGCACUCCCGCUGUGGCCGGCCAGCAGGACUUGGCACUAGGGAGCGGUCAACAUAAAAAUGGCUAAACUUGUACGGACCGCAGAGGCUUUUAGCAGCUCGCUUUCCAACUAAAGAUAUAAAAUAUGAUUAAACUAUUUUGCAAAUAAAGAUUAUUAAAAACAG